AUGCGCUUAUUACAUACCCUGGUACUUCUGGCAACAGUCUCAGCUGCUGCUCCAUCAAAUUUCUUCAAUAAUGCAUAUGACUUCUCAGAAGAAUUGGCAAGCUACUAUGUCAAAGUGAGCCAAUACAUCAAGUAUAUUAAAAAAAACGAGAAAGCCUUCACCGAGUCCUGCGACACUUCUAAGAUCUCAUUGCCUACCUUUGCAUCGAGUCUUCCUCAACCUGAUGGCUUAACUCCACUAUAUGUGGCAAUUGGGCGUGGCACACAGAACUAUACCUGUGCCACUUCCUCCUCAACAUCUACCCCCGUAGCAAUUGGUGCGGUCGCAAACCUCUACAAUGCUACUUGCAUUGCUGCCAACUACCCUGACCUCCUGGCCCUGCUCCCCAGUGUUGCUUACAAGAUUGCCCUGCCCCAAUCAGAAUGGGCUUCAUUCCCUCCAGCCAAUGUUGACCUGAUGGGCCACCACUUCUUCCAAAACUCCACCACCCCUGAGUUUAACCUGGACCUCACCCCGGAAAAGCAAUUUGGUUAUGCAUUAACCAAGAAGGUGGACUCAAUUAGUGCCCCUUCAAGUGCUGCUAAGGGCAAAUAUGGUGCUGUGGCCUGGCUUUACCUCACUGCUAUCUCUGGCACGGAAGGUCCUUACAAGAGUGUCUACCGUGUUCAGACAGCUUCAGGCUCUCCACCUACUACUUGUGAAGGAAUGGCUCCUUCAUUUGAGAUUGCAUAUGCUGCCAACUAUUACUUCUUCUCUUAG